AUGGAUUUCUCUCUGAACUAUCCGCUGUACCUCGGGAGUUUUCUGCAAGCUCCUACCGCUCGGGCGGUCGAGACAGAGUCGAUCACCGACUCUGUGCCAUCAAGCGGCAAUCUCCUCGAAUGUCCCCCCGUCCUCGAUGAGUCCUGGCGCAACGUAGGUUUCAGUGAACCGUUCGAGGCAACGAAACGUCAGGCGAGUCAGUGUUCACCGAGUGCGGGCUCAAUUCAGGGCAGCUCCGGGAAGAGAGCGCGUCUCGACGGGUCGUCAUUCAACGGAAGCGACAGCCUGCUCUUCAAAUCCAGCUUAGAAGGUAAGCUUGCCAAAAAGCUUCGGGGCACUGAGCUGCUUGGGGGUAUAUCGGAGAGCUUUGAUUUCGCAUCUACGCCUGAUCCCCCCGACGACAACUCCAAUCUUGCCCAGAGUAUCUCUCUGAUCCAGGAAACUUUGGAUCAGAGUAUAGCUCAAGGCGACGACAGGGCUUGUGAACAAGUGAACAGCCUCCCAAGUCGACCAAUAAGCCAAUCAACAGACAGAGCGGUCGAGUCGAGACUUUUCGGCACCGAUGCGGAAAUCCCCUCAGGGAACAUCCAAGCUCAGAGCACACCUCUGGAGAGCAUUAUAUAUAAUGGCAACGGACCGGCUCAGCCUCGGGAAUCACCGCGUCUCGGAAGUUCUUCCUUUAGCAGUCUACCCUCGACGACAAGCAAUAGACCCAUUUCGAUGAAAGAGUACCGUCUAGUCUUCACUGAACAAGUGUUCGAGAGAAAUGGUGAAAUCAUCCGGCGUCAAAUGAUCCAAAAAGAGCACAGUCUCGAACGAAGCAGGCGUCUGACUCAGGAAGAAUUCGAGAAUAUGUUGCGGGUCUUGCAGGCUCCAUUGUGCUCCCAAACAUCGGAUAAUUUCGCCGAUAUAUCCAGUUCCCAAGCCACGAGUCGGGAACCAUCCACUGAGAAUCGGAAGUCCGUCGAAAAAGUGGUGCAGGCCGGCGACCGAAAUGAGAAGACUUCGCUGAUCGCGGAGGAAACUUCCGGGCUUGAAGUACCGCUGAAAGUAGCGGGGAAGAAUACUUCUCCCCGAGGGAGCCUGUCCGAUGCUCCGGAUCGUCACCCGAGGAGGUUUUCUACAGAACCGACGAAACAAAACGAUGAGUCGAUCGUCGAUACAACUAGCAAAGCUCAUGGGGAGAGCUCGGAUCCGGAGCCUGAAUUCAAGGAGCCGAAGCUUGGGAAAGAUGAGAGGCAUUCGCCGGAAAAGAAGCAACCGGAAGGCGCAAUCGUGCCUCCGUGCGAUCCAGCUCGGACGAUCUCCUCCGCGAAUGAGUCGACCGAGCUUGCGGAUCCCACUUCGAACUCUCGUUUAGUCAUUGGCUCCCCGUGUCUGGCUCAAUGGUCGGAUAACCUUUAUUACAUGGCAACUGUGAUCAAGUCGAGUCGAAACGGUCGCUACGGGGUGAAAUUCGCUGAUGGUACCCAAGAAUCGGUGAAAGGUGAUCUUCUAUUCCCUCUCAAAGCUGAGCUGGAAAGUGGGCAGCCCGUUUACGUAAAAGUCAGGAACGUCUUCGAGUACGCCGUCAUCAAAGACAAGACAACAGUAUCGCAACGGCCGGGCUAUGCAGCCGAACUUCAUACGAAACGUGUCGUACGUGUUACCAAAGACAAGAUCGUUUUCACCCAAGAAAUGGUUGACGUACUCAAGGAGAAACAGUCAAAGACGAUCUCCAGUCGCGAGAUCGCUCGUGUGAGAGAGUCCACAGAUGCGUCAGAGUUCGAAACCUCAGGAAAAACUCGAGUGAAACGACCCCAGGCCAUCGGCUUGGACGUCACGAGUUCCGAGGGUGUGGCCAGUGAUACGACCGCAGUGAUACGACCCAGCAAAAGGAGCUCGAAAAUGGAAAAUCCCAGCGUCAUCGCGUCAGAGUCGGGAGGUGGAGCUUCGGGGUCGAGCUUGAAUCCUCCCACAUUGGUAUUCGAGGGGAUGGGAUUCCUUCUGACGGAUACCGAGAGAGCAGUGAAGAACAACAAGAGCUCAUCAACUUCCUCGUUCGAAUCUGGCAGCUCUCUCGGAGAAACCGUCGAAUUCAAUAAAGAACAGCUGCAAAAUCUCAUUGAGGAGAACGGCGGUGUAGUUUUCAAAUCAUUCACGGAAGCGGAGUGUGCCGACUCCCUAGACACGGGCAUUGCGGAGCGUUAUCUUCUCUCACGUAGUCACAUGAAAACGUUGAAAUACGUGCUGUGUCUAGCUGCUGGUAUACGAUGUUUGGGCCAUCAAAUAGUACACGCAGCUCUGCGGGAAGGUCGCAUGCCGGAGCCCGCCAAGUACCAAUUGCCCGCGGGGAUUUCGCUAAUGCAGAAGGUCCCAAUCGAGCAGCCAUCGGCGCACAGACUCAUUUUCAAGGAUAUGACAAUUGCCGUCGUCGCUGAAAAGAAUGAAUUCGUGAACACUUGGUCUCAGGUGAUCAUCGCGGCCGGCGGUCGAAUCGCUUCUAAACUACCUCAGCGGCAAAGUCCUCAGCGUAAAACAGCUUCGAAUUCGAAUGGCACCGAUGGGGUCAUCCGUUUCAUGGUCACGACGCCCGAAUGUUCAAGUCUAACUCUGCGAUCGGCGCGUGCUCUGAGAAUCGCUCCAGUGUCAUCGGAGUGGGUUGUGCAAUCAAUCAUUCACGCCAGAGUCCUCGAGCCAGACACUCAUGAGGCCUUCGCCUACGAUUACAAGAAGACCGAAUAG